AUGGUUAUGGGACAGCCUUAUAAAAUCAAGAGCUAUUCAAUACUUGAAACUAUUGGAAAAGGUACAUAUGCAAAAGUUGUCCGAGCGUUUAACGAAAAAACAUCCUCUUACGUGGCAAUCAAGAUUAUCAAUCGUCAAGAAGUUCAAAAAAUGAACAUGAUGAGAUAUCUAGAAUCUGAAAUUAGACUUUUACAAAUCCUUUCGCAUUCUUCUCUCCCAAAAAUUCAUGAAAUAAUCUACACAGAAAAAGAAAUCUUUAUUGUUAUGGAAUAUUUCCCGAAUGGAAAUAUGGCCGAGAUUCCAGAUAGUAGAAUAUACUUUACUUACAAAGAAAGGUUUGAAAUUGUUCUUAAAAUUGCAGAGUGUUUAAAUUAUCUCCAUGAAAGAUCAAUAUCCCAUCGCGACAUUAAACCAGAAAAUAUAGUAUUUGAUGUUGCAAAUAAUCCAAUAUUAAUUGACUUUGGACUCUCAAUUGAAAAUCACGAAUCUGAGACAAGUACUUUUUGCGGUUCUCCAACGUACAUGGCUCCAGAAAUUAUCACAAAUAAGCAUUACGAUAGCAAAAAAGCAGAUAUUUGGGCAUUUGCGGUUACAGUCCACUUCUUUAUGUCAAAUGAGUUGCCAUUUGAUUAUAGUAGUGAAGCAAAGUUCUUGAAUGAUAUUAGAAAAGGUAAAUUAGUCAUAAAUAAUAAGUGUUCUGGAGAUUUGAAAAAUUUAUUAGAUAGAUGCUUCAAUCUUAACCCAGAGCAAAGACCAACUAUAAAGCAAAUUGUUGAAAGUCUCGAAUCAAUGCGUGUUGAUAGAAUUAAUUCUCAUCUCCCACAAUUGAACGAAAUAACGAGCAGAAAACUCAAUAGAUCAAAGAUUGAUAAAAAUGCCAUGUUCUUUGUGAAUAAUCAUAAUAGAUAUAGGCUCAGAAAGAUUCAGAGCAUGUGA